CUCUUUUGCCAGUUAAAGAGAAAUCCGAAAAUGAAGUUUCAAACUUAUCCACAGCGAUUACAUUGUAUCGUCACUACGUGCAAAGGGUUGAGUAGAAAGAUGUAAGAAGAAUGACAUUAACGCAACGAGAUUUAUUCGUGUAACUGACAACUUCGAUACUGUUCUGGAAAGAAGAAAUGGAUCUCAACGAGAAACGAGAGAGUUCUCCAACGGAUAAUCUCUACUUAGCUCUGAUACAGUGCUUUGGAGUUAUAAUAUGCGGGUACAUUGCCGGAAGGCUAGGAGUGGUAACAAAGGCAGGAGCAACCGGCCUAAACACGUUCGUCGGCACUUUUGCCCUACCAUCCCUGAUAUUUCUCUCCCUGGCGAAACUGGACUUCUCGACGGUGAACUGGAAAUUCUUACUUGCCGUUUUACUCUCGAAGAGCUUCGUAUUCUUUGCGGUACUGAUCAUUUCGAUGAUAAUCUCGAAGUCGUCGAAGCUGGGACGUUGCGCCCUGUUCUCGAUAUUCACUACGCAAAGCAACGACUUCGCCAUCGGCUACCCCAUGAUCGAAGCCCUGUAUGCCGGCACCCAUCCCGAGUAUGCGGCUUACCUCUACCUGAUGGCCCCGGUGUCGCUAGCCAUUCUCAACCCCGUGGGCUUCGUCCUCCUUGAGGUGGAGAAGCGAAGAGCUGCUUCGUCGGGGCCACCCUUGUUACCGGCGAUCGCCAAGGGUGUGGCCUUGAAUCCAGUGCUAGCGAUGACGGUCCUGGGGAUCGUAGGAAACCUGGCACUGGGUCACGAGGUCCCACGAGCUCUCGAGGUGGUGCUCGACGUCUUCGGGAACGCCUUCUCGGCGAGCGCUCUCUUCCUCCUGGGCCUCAUGAUGGUCGGCAAGGUCCAUACCUUACGAGGAGCUGCCCUACUCAUCCCUGGGGUCCUGAUCUCGGUGAAGCUACUGGUGCUUCCAUUGACGAUCCGCGAGACGGUGGUCCUGCUGGCCGCCGGAGCCAACGCCAACGAGACAGCCGACCUGGCCACCUACGGCUUCCUCUACGGCACCAUACCCACCGCUCCGGCUCUCUUCGUUUUCAGCCUACGCUACGGCGUAGACGUGGACCUGCUCGCCUCUGCCAUGGUCGCCUGCACCUUCCUCUCGGCUCCGCUCAUGUUUGUCUCGGCAAAGCUCAUCGACGCAGUCCGAGCUGGAGCCUCAGCGCAGACCUAUGCCAAGGAACUGAGCAGCUUCCUGCUGGACACGAGCGCAGCCUCGGUCACGGCCUGCAUCUGGCUGUUCAUCUGCUUCGCAGCCAGGAGACGCACUGGUCCUACCCACAGGUGCACCCUGUGCAUGCUCCUCUCGCAGCUCGUCGCCGCCGUAGGAGUUAUCCUCUGGACCAAGCUCGACCCCUUGAGAAUACCGGUCGGAUCUGCCUUGUGGUAUAUCCAGUUCAUCCUGAUCACCGGAGGAACUUACGCCACAAGAGCAUACACCGCCGCCCUGGCGGUGACUCUCCUCUUCCUGAGCUCCCGCUCGACCUCCUUCAUCCGUAAAGUUCAUACCUGGGUCCUGCCAACCUGUCUGGGGGGACCCCUUCUUCUGGUUGGCCUAAUGUGCAUCCUACUUGACCCUGAGGAACUCGUCGACGUGACCCGGAAAAAUCCUAAUUUCCAGCUAGGCAAAAUCGAGGCUGCCGUCAGCGUGCUCUUCCUUAUAUUUUGUCUCCUGGUCACCCUCGGAUGCCUGAUCCUGCAGCAGAGGUACGAGCGUCGACACCACCCGGUUAUGGAGGAUGAUCUCGCGAGCCCUGUGACCGACUCGGAGACGACCAGGAGCGUCGUCGACGUUGAGGACAUUGUCCCUACGAGUUCGAACCUCACCGUGGACGACUGCAGCGUCAACGGGUGUCGCACUACGUGCUGCUCGAACGUGGACCGCGGAGACUGCGAAGAAGCGUCGCUGAUCACCGGAGAAAAUGAAAUCCUCGAAGCUCAGGACCCCCAAACUCGCCGCCACGUGGUGCUCCUCAUCCUGCUCCUCUGCUCCAUGUUCAUAGGACUGUCCCUAUCCAUCAACACCCUGGUCACGGAGCAGAUGACGGGAAUCUACGCGGAGCUGUCCUUCCUGGACGCGGCGUUGAAUUUCGGCCAACCACUGAUAGUCUUCGCCAUUUUCGGCCUGGACCCUGGCUUCCUGAACCUGCUCCGAUGGCUGCACCAACUCGUGCAGACCUGGACGAAGGCGAGGGGGCUGGACCUACCGGACGAGGACUCCCUCAGCAUUGAAGUGAAGACCGUUCGGGACGAGUUCAAUCGUUGUCAUCUGGCUCAAUGUCACGCGCAAAUUGCCUUCUGCCGCAGGCGAUUGCUCAGGAUCUACCGGGGAGUCUUUGCUGGCAAAGACCUGGUGGAUUGGCUGUUGGAAGCAGGAUUAAGCAAGGAUCGGGAGGAAGCCGUUCAUUAUGGACAGUGUCUUCUGAACGGGAGGGUCCUGCGCCAUAUCGACGGGACGCAGCACUUCCAGGACAAGAAUCUGCUGUACACAUUCGAAGCCUAAUCCCUUGUCUUGUAGAGCUCUAAAUGGAGUACCUGGCUUGGAAACGCUACAAGUACUUUGGCGAAUGCGGCAUCCGUAAUUCCCCGCUCGCCAUGAGUCGAGAUUGUGCACCCUGAAAUAUUUUGGGCAAUAUUUUAAAAGGGCAGACCCACAUUUGUGAUUUGACUUCGGCGCGGAAAUGUUGAGCCACGUUUUACCGAAGACUCUGUUCAAUCUAGUCUGAAUUUAGACGUAUCAAUCACCGAGGACCAUUACUCGUUAAGAAAGAGGGAUUAUUUUCGUUGUAUUGUCUCUCGUGACGCUCCUUUUUUUGCGUGGAAUAAUGUUACCGCGAUUACCGUCGCGAUCGACGGUAUCUGCGUUAGGUAUUUUAAAUGAGUUUGCAUAACUCAACAGAAGCGAGUAUUUUAUGUAAAAGAUAUCCGAUGUAUAUUUUUCCCCAACAAGCAAGAUGUGUGUAACAAAAAAAAAAACGUUGCAUUUUCCGUC